AUGGCAUACCAUCACUCGAGCGGUUCUUCCGCUGCCUCGGGCUUCGAGUAUGCGCAGGUAGGCCACUCUUUCGCCUGUCGUCCGGGUGCCCCUCAGCUCAACGGCCCUCCCUUCCAGCCGUUUCAAGAAUCACAGUUCGACAUUUUCGAGUGGUAUCCCAAGUUCCAGUCGUGUCUGCGCUAUUUCCUGGACCACGCUCAGUACAGCGGGCCCAUCCAGGCCGUGGCCGCCUUUGUCAACAUCCAGCUCCCGUUCCAAAAGACCCACAACCCGGUCUUGUCUUCAAAACACACCGGCCCCAGCUCUCCUGCCGGUCCCGGUCCCUCAACGCCGUCCACGGCUCGCGCUGCUGGGAAGAUGCCGUUUGGUGCUCAGGUGCCGUCAUCGACCCAUUCGACGUUGACGCCUUACAUUCGCCGUCUGGUGGUCACCGGUUUCGACUACCCCGCCGUGUUACACGGUUUCUUCGGCGACGACUGGGUUGGGGGCAUCGGCCCCAUGCACGAGGCAGAGCGCCGCAACUUCUUGUUUGCCGCCAAAAGCGAGACGUGGCUGAAGGUCAAGUCCCACUACGACAUGGACGGCGAGCAGCAGGUUCCUUUUCUUCGGCCCCUGUCGAAUGUGACCGAAAAGGAGAUCCAGAGCGCCGAAACCCAGUGGAGCGAGUGGCUCGCCAUGCAGGAUUGGAUGCUGGGACCGCGGGCACCGGAACAGGAACCGAGGAUCAAGCAGGAGGAUGACCAAACGUGA